CACACACAAAAACUUGAACAUCUGAGGAAAUGGAGUGGGAGUGGAACUAUGUCGUUUGGUCUACAAUCAUCAUAGUACCAACUCUAAUCAUAGUAUUCUCCAAAAGAAGUUCUUGUUCUUACAAGUUGCCUCCAGGACCACCUGGUUUGCCAAUUUUUGGCAACAUUUUUUAUCUUGGAACAUUGCCAUAUGAAACAAUUGCAGGGUUUAAACACAAAUAUGGUCCUAUUGUAUGGUUCAAAAUUGGCUCUAUCAAGACCAUGUCAAUUUUAUCUGCCAAGACAGCUGCUGAGUUCUUCAAGAAUCAUGAUUUUGCCUUCGCGGAACGCAAAAUCAUCGACACCAUGUUGGUGCAUGACUACAACCUGGGCUCCUUAGCUUUGGCCCAGUAUGGCACGUAUUGGCGCGUGCUAAGGCGGAUAUGCACCGUUGAAAUGUUCGUCCACAAACGGAUCAAUGAAACGGUGCACAUAAGGCGAAAAUGUGUGGAUGAUAUGAUUCAUUGGAUUGAGAAAGAAGUGGAUGCUAAGGAAAUCAAGGGAAGUGGGAUUGAGAUAACACGUUUCGUGUUCCUUUCGACUUUUAAUAUGCUAGGGAAUUUGAUGCUAUCGCGUGAUUUAGUCCAUCCAGGAUCGCGGAAGGCGUCCGAGUUCUUCAAUGCUAUGAUGAGGAUCAUGGAGUUGUCAAGCAAUCCUAAUAUCUCGGACAUAUUCCCAUGUCUUAGGAGGUUCGAUUUACAAGGCUUAAGGAAAAAGGUGCAUCGAGAAAUGGGAAAAACUCUGGAGAUCGCCUCUACGUUUGUCAAGGAACGGAUGAAGGAGCGCGAGGAUGGUGGAGAAAAAAAGGAAGAUUUUUUGAAUGUGUUGCUUGAAUUUGAGGGUAGUGGAAAAGAUGAACCAGCUAAGUUAUCAGAACAUCAAAUCAACAUAUUCAUAUUGGAAAUGUUUUUAGCGGGAUCAGAGACGACUAGCAACAGUGUGGAAUGGACGUUGACAGAGCUCCUACGUCACCCUGAAGCAAUGGCAAGAGUAAAAGCAGAGAUCUUUGAAGUUGUAGGACAGAAGAAGAAGUUAGAAGAAAGUGACAUUGACAAUCUGCCUUACAUGCAAGCUGUAGUUAAAGAAGUACUAAGAUUACAUCCUCCUCUUCCUUUCUUAGUGCCAAGAAGAGCGAUGCACGACACUAAGUUCAUGGGGUAUGACAUACCAGAAGACACUCAAGUGUUCGUAAACGUAUGGGCAAUUGGAAGAGAUCCUGAAUAUUGGGACGACCCUUUGAAUUUCAAGCCCGAGAGGUUCCUUAACUCGAAGACUGAUUUCAAGGGACAAUGUUUUGAGUUUUUACCAUUUGGUGCCGGCAGAAGGAUGUGCGUAGGACUUCCUUUAGGUAAUCGAAUGUUACACUUUGUUUUAGGCUCGUUGCUUCAUGAAUUUGAUUGGGAACUUCCUAGUAAUGUCACUCCUAAAUCAAUGGACAUGAAGGAGAGGAUGGGAAUUACAGUGAGGAAAUUCAAUCCUUUGACUGCAGUACCUAGAAAAACAUCAGGUUAAAUCGAAUAGCGUUAAGGUUGUCCUUGAUACUGUGACAUGAAGCCACACAGAACAUAAGAUUUGAGUUUCUUGUGAAUUUUCUUGUAAUAAAAAGCUGAGAUAUUUGUUCUUAAGCUUAGAGUUUGAAUAUUGAUUGCUUUAA